GGGACAGAGAGAAAUGAGGUGAAACAUUGGAGAGAUUUUGUGCAGAUGGAAUGCCUGGAUUCAAGAUCAGUUGGUGUUUCUGUGGUGCACAGAGUGGAGUGUCACUAGACUUCAACAGGGCGAAUGAUGCGAUGUGUCCGCUGUCCUGUGGCUUAUCAUGGAGGGGAGACCUGUAUUGCAGCAGGGUCUGUGAUACUGACAGCCAACAGUAUUAUUUGCAGCAACCAUUUUGUUCCAAAAAAGGGUUACAGUCAUCAUGCUCAUGUCAAUGUUAGCUGGUGCUUUGUGUGUUCACGAGGGGGGAGCCUUUUGUGCUGUGAGUCCUGUCCUGCAGCAUUUCAUCCAGAAUGCCUAAACAUUGAUAUGCCAGAGGGGAGUUGGUAUUGCAAUGAUUGCAAAGCAGGCAAGAAGCCACGCUACAAAGACAUUAUCUGGGUUAAACUGGGUAGCUACAGGUGGUGGCCUGCAGAGAUUUGUCACCCAAGAAACAUUCCGACAAAUAUUCAAAAUAUGAAGCAUGAGAUUGGCGAGUUUCCAGUUCACUUCUUUGGAUCAAAUGACUACUUUUGGACCCAUCAGGCACGCGUAUUUCCUUAUAUGGAAGGUGAUAGGGGAAGCAAAGACAAUAAAAUCAAAAGCCUCAGCAAAGCUUUUAGAAAAGCUUUAGAUGAGGCGGCAGAACGCUUUCAGGAUCUCAAGGCUCAGCGGGAGACGAGAGAAGCUCAGGAGAAUGAGCGUAAUGGUAGAAAGCCUCCACCAUAUAAACACAUAAAGGUCAAUAAACCUUAUGGCAAAGCACAGAUUUAUACAGCUGAUAUUUCGGAAAUCUCGAGGUGCAACUGUAAGCCUACCGAUGAUCAUCCUUGUGGCUUGGAUUCGGAGUGCCUGAACAGAAUGUUAAUGUAUGAAUGUCAUCCAGCUGUGUGCCCUGCUGGUGUGCGAUGCCAAAACCAAUGUUUUACCAAACGUCAGUAUCCCGAAUCACAGGUAGUCAAGACUGCCGGAAAGGGCUGGGGCCUAAUUUCAAAGACUGACAUUAAAAAAGGAGCAUUUGUUAACGAGUACGUGGGAGAGGUAAUUGAUGAAGAUGAGUGCCGAGCAAGAAUCCGCUUUGCCCAGGAGCACAACAUUGCCAACUUCUACAUGCUAACAAUUGAUAAGGUAAAAUUAAAUCUUGCGCUAUUUAACUGA